AUGGCGCGCGCUCGCGUCGGCGCGCUUCUGUGCGUCUUCUUACUCGCGACGACGCGCGUCGCCUCGCGCGGGGAUGCCGCGAGCGACGACGACGCGCGCGUCGCUCGCGACGACGACGACGACGACGACGCGCCGUCGCCGCGGGAUUUACGGAACAUCCUUCAGACGUCUCUCGCGGACGAGGCGUACGUCGUCCGCGUCCGUCGCGAGCUCCAUCGCGCGCCGGAGACGAUGUGGAACGAGCGCGCGACGUCGUCUAUCAUCAAGCGCGAGCUGACGACGAUGGGCAUCGCGCACGUGGACGUCUCCCCGCCCGGGGUCGUCGGCGUCGUCGGGGACGGGUCGGAUCCGGUCGUCCUCCUCCGAGCGGACAUGGACGCGCUGCCGCUGCACGAACAGUCGGACAUCCCGCUCGCGGACCGCAGCCAAACGCCCGGGGUGAUGCACGCGUGCGGGCACGACGGCCACGUCGCGAUGCUCCUCGGCGCGGCGCGAGCGCUCGCGAGGAUGCGCGACGAGCGCGCGCUCCCGCCCGGGACGAUCCGGUUCGUGUUCCAACCCGCGGAGGAGGGCGCGGGCGGCGCGAAGAAGAUGCUCCGAGACGGCUUACUCGCGAUGACGCCGCCGACGAGCGUCGCGUUCGCGCUGCACGCGUGGCCGUACCCGGAGACCCCGAGCGGGACGAUAGGGACGCGGCCGGGGACGAUCAUGGCGGGCAGCGCGGCGUUCGAGAUCACGACGACCGCCCGAACCGCCGCCGACGCCGUCGCGUGCGGCGCCGCCGUCGUCGUCGAGACGCAAUCCGUCGUCGCGCGCCGCGCAGACCCCCUCGCGAGCGCGCUGGUGACCGUGACCGCGUUCGAGUCGAGCGGCGGAGAGGGAGAGGGGGAGGGGGAGGACGCGGGGAGCGGCGUCGCGGUGCUCAGAGGGCAGUUCCACGCGAUGGACGAGGCGACGUUCGCGACGACGCGCGCGGGGAUAGAGUCUGUCGCCGACGGCGCCGCCGCGGCGCGCGGCUGCGACGCUUCGGUGAACUUCUCCCCGAUCGCGAACGGGUCGCCGUUCCCGCGCGUGGAGUACCCGCCGACGAUAAACGACGCGCGCGUCGCCGCGAUCGCGAGCGACGUCGCGAGCGAGAUGUUCGGAGAGGCUGUCGUCGAUCGGAACGUCGCGGCGGUGAUGCCAGCGGAGGAUUUCUCAUUCUUCGCGCGACGUUGGCCGUCGGUCAUGAUGUGGUUGGGUUCGUACAACGUCUCCGCGGGGGCGACGCACCCGCUGCACUCGAGCAAGUACGUGCUCGACGAGGGGGUGUUACAUCGAGGCGUCGCGAUGCACGUGGGGUUCGCGGUCAGGUAUUUAGAGGCGGGCGAGUCGUGA